AUGGGAUAUGUCCAAGUCUCAACUCCCGACACCAAAGCCCCAGCUUCCAAUCACCCCAACGAAACGCUAGAACAGUUCCUCCAUCGCGUUCUUGGCAAGGACCAUCUUUUUCAGGGUUGGUUCGGAGAAAAUUCUGUUACUGUUGAGGGCCGUCUUACGAUUGUAUGUUAUUUUUUGUUGUUGGCAUGUUUCUUUGGGUUGAGGGAAGGGGGUCUACUGCUAGUUGCUCCAUUGCGCAUGAACUCCUUUCUUUUGGGAUCACGAGAUGUUAGAUUACAAUCGCAUUCAAAUUAUAGUAGCUGACUCUACCAGAAUGCCGAUGGCAAAACCUACAUCUACGAUCCCGCCUUAACCCCCAAGGAGGAAAAAUACCGAGUGCAAAAAAGAGUAAGAUCUUACAUGACCCCUUCAUAACUAUCCAACCCCCGAAGAAGCUUCUCCUCCAACUAACCAUCUAACCAUAGCAUCAGAAGAAAGAAAGCAAACCUGCUCGGGUUUACAGAGACUUCCGUCAACGAGUCAAUAAUGGCCCAGUCUCCGUACACGUUCAUGGCAUUCAUAGGAGGGGGCAAUGUGGAGUUCCUGGUGCCAAGGCGAUGAAGCGACUGUUGGAUAAAGAAAAGGAGAUGAUGGAAAAAGAAGCGAACAUGGAAAAUGGCAAGAAAGAGGAUGAGGAUGGGGAUGUUGAGAUGGCGGUGGAGGCUGUGAAGGUUUUGGAGAAGGCUCAGAAGAAGUUCAAGAGGGAGGAUACUCCGGCGCUCUCGAAGAUGGAUGUUGAUUGUGGGAAGAAUUCUUAG